GUCACGCUACAAUUUCAAUGAAGAUGUCUCUUCGACGGGCUUUGCAUUUUGUCUUUAAAAUUGCCAACAGAAACGAAACGAUGAAAUUCUAUCGUGAUAUUCUGGGUAUGAAGGUUUUGAGGCAUGAAGAAUUUGAAGAAGGAUGUAAAGCCUCAUGUAAUGGACCCUAUGAUGGAAAGUGGAGUAAAACAAUGACUGGCUUUGGACCAGAAGAUGAUCAUUUUGUUGUUGAAUUGACAUACAACUAUGGCAUUAAAACAUAUCAGCUAGGAAAUGAUUUUCAGGGAAUAACUGUGCACUCAAAAACUGCUGUGUCAAAUGCAAAGCAACAAAGCUACCCUGUCACAGAGGAAGGAGAAGGUUGUAUCACUGUCAAAGCACCUGGUGGCUACAAGUUUACCCUGGUAGACCAGGAUGUUACUGGAG